CUUGUAUUGGGUUUUCAUGUUCACUGCGUUCUCGUCUCGGAAAUAACUCAGCGGAUAGCUAAACAGCCAGUUGACGUUGUGAUGAAUGGAAACAAGGCAUUUGCCAUCAAAUGCUAAUUCUUUGUUUGAAAUGGAUGAAGAAACAACCUCCCAAGAGCCACAAAUAAAGGCUUUGGAUGAUUUCCCACCAGAGGAGAAAGACUUAGAGGAAGACGUGAAGGAGGAAGAAGAGGAAGACGAGGAGGCACUUCCACAUUCUGAAUUCCUGGACAUCUUUGAGGAGGGACUUGCACGACUGGUGCAAGACCCUCUACUUUGUGACCUACCUAUCCAGGUGACGUUGGAAGAGGUGAACUCACAGAUUGCUUUGGAGUAUGGUCAGGCUAUGACUGUUCGUGUAUGUAAGGCUGAUGGAGAAAUCAUGCCUAUUGUGGUGGUACAACAUGCUACUGUGCUGGAUCUGAAGAAAGCCAUCCGCAGAUAUAUGGAGCUGAAACAGCAGCGUGAAGGAGGGGUCAAACACAUCAGCUGGAAAUAUGUGUGGAGAACAUUUCACUUGGUCUUCAAUGGCGAAAAACUAGAAGAUGACAAUUUAAAACUGAAAGACUAUGGGAUCAGAAACAGAGAUGAAGUUACAUUCAUGAAGAAACUGAGGAAGAAGUGAAAUGGAUUGUUUUUGAAAAUACUGUCUAAGACUGUAGGUGUGUUGUGUUUGAGGACAAAUGUGUUUGCACCAAAGUGUUCACUUGAUCUAUUUAUGAGCAAAGUGUUAAUCCAUUUUUCUA